GUGAAACAAAUGUCAAAACUUUUAGUCAACCUUUUUAUGAUCAAAACUCGUCUCAUUGUCAACACAUAUACGGUAACAACACUUCCGUUGUAUUAUGUGAUCCAAAAGCCGUGGAAGACGUUGGCGGAGGCCAAGAAGCUUAGGACCAAAACACAUGAGACAAUCAAUGGUGAAGUGGUGUGGAGUCGCAACAACCCAUCGCUCAGUCAUGCCUUCCUUCAGUACAACACUUAUCCGGAAGUGUUGAAGAACUUGAAGAAUAUGUAUGACUCGAAUCGGCUUAUGUUAGGCAAGAGGGACGUCAUCGAAGAUACCAUAGAGAAAGAUAGCAAUGGAAAUAUUAUCACAAUUGACGGCAAAGUAUUGCGAAAGUUUGUGUUAAGCGAUAGCUAUAAGUGGUUGACAUUGAAUGAAGUCAUUGAAAGAGUGGAUAACAUCGCCAAAGGAUUGAUAGAAAUCGGUGUUAAAAAAGGCGAUAAAGUGAUCAUUUGGGCGGACACUCGACUCGAGUGGACUUUAUGUAGUUUAGCGCUCAUGAAAGUGAACGCCACUUUGGUCACACUUUUCUCUACUUUAGGGGAAUCUGGUCUCAUAUAUGGUAUAAACCAAACUGAAGCCAAAACCAUAAUAACGACAUUUGAUUUAUUGCCUAAAUUGAAG